AUGCUUGCUGUUGAGGCCAAGCACAGAGGAGUGGACGACAACAAUUUUGUAGAAACAACACGCGGCAGGGAGCAUCAAGAGGCAGAAGCAGAGAUAAUUACCGUACCCGGAGUAUAUAUAGGCAAGGCGGUAGUAGAUUGCGAAGAAGGUCACUGUUAUACAAUAGCAGAAAGAUUAAAGGCGAGACGAAGAAAAGAAACACCAAGAGCUCAAAUACAAGACUCGUCAUCCGAACCCGAUACCGCGUCUACUUCACAGUUUAGCGACCCACAAUCCAACGCACCAAUACCAUUUGAAGAACGAUCAUUUAUGCCAAGCUUAAUAAAUGCACUUGAAGAAGAGACCCCUCUGAAUAUAAUGGUCCCUUCAAAGUCAAGCUCACAGCUUACACCAGAGAAACAGGAUUGUGAGGAACACUUCGUGCGAACUCACUCUCGGGAUAGCACCGGAAGAUACGUGGUGAAACUUCCUCUAAAGCAAUCUCCAUCUCUGCUGGGCAACUCAGUCAACCGUGCUCGUAAAUGCUUCGAUCGCACGGUGGCCAGGCUCAAAACAGACGACAAGUACGACAAGCUCUAUACAGAUUUCAUGAAUAAAUAUUUAAGCUUUGGCCAUAUGCGACUGGUGCCUGCAGAUGAGCUUAACAUCAAGCCUCAUUUUUAUCUGCCUCAUCACGGCGUAUUGAAGGAAGAUGGAGAUAACGCCAAACUCAGGGUGGUUUUCAAUGGAUCAGCCCUUACUUCCUCUGGACAUUCACUUAACAGCAUAACUCACACGGGACCUAAUCUACUGCCCAACAUAACAGAUAUACUUUUCUGGUUACGCACAUUUAAAUUGACUUUCUCUGAGGAUAUCUCCAAGAUGUAUCAUCAGAUCAAGCUCACCACAGUGACCUACGGAACGAGGCCUGCUUCAUUCCUGGUCACACGAUCACUGCUGCAGCUGGUGAAGGAUGGCAGACACCGUUACCCCCAGGUGGCCUGGAUUCUCACCAGCGGCAGAUAUGUGGACGACAUUUUUAAUGGAGCGGAGACUCCAGAUGAGUUGAACGAGCAGGCCCUCCAGCUCAAUGAGCUGUGCAUGGCAGGCGGAUUGCCCCUGGCUAAGUGGCACUUAAACUUGCCAGGAUUCAGUUACUCAAACUCCAGUGAAGAAUCAGCACUCUCUCUCGAUGACUGUAAUGCUAAAGUACUCGGAGUGGUUUGGAAACCAAUGUCAGACAAUCUCACCUUUCAGUGCACACUCAAGCCUCUCAGUCAAACUCCAACGACGAGAACAAUUCUUUCAGAAAUAUCUAAAAUCUUCGAUCCUCUUGGAAUAGUUGCUUCAAGGUGGCUACAAAUACGAGGUGAUCUAGCCAAACUCUUCGGAGUGACGGUUCCUAGAUGGCUUGGAGCACAUCCUUUUGCUGCAGUGGAACUCCAUGGCUUUGCUGAUGCGUCUCAGGAUGCUAUGGGUGCUGUGAUUUACCUGGUGAUAAAGUCAGACUCAGCCACAUCAAGCUCAUUCGUCUGCUCCAAGACAAAAGUAUCACCACUAAAGAGGAUGUCAAUACCAAGGUUAGAGUUCACAGCAGCUCUCGUCCAGGCUAAACUCACUAAGUAUGUCACCAGACAACUCACACUCAAUAUCAGCAACAUUCACUUAUGGACAGAUUCGUCAGUCAUACUCUAUUGGAUUUCUUUUCAUCCAAAUAAGUGGAAGGAUUUCGUCAGGAAUCGAGUUGCAGCAAUUCAGGAUCUGGUCCCUGCAGCACAUUGGAAACAUGUCCCUGGAAAGAAGAAUGCUUUUGACUGUGCUUCUAGAGGGAUUCUCACUUCACAAUUAAUUGAGCAUAGGCUCUGGUGGCAUGGACCAUCUGGUGGGAUGAUACAACCUCAGGAUGGUUGGCCUCUGCAACCGAGUAACGUUGAGGUGGAGAAUAAAACAGAGGCGCGUCAGGUAUCAGCAUUGGUGUCAUCAGUCUCGGACUUGGAGUUCCUACUCAGGCUCAUUCAGUCUAGCUCCACAUUGCACAAACUCUAUCGUAUCACAGCCAUCCUCUUACUUGCUUGUGCCAAGUUCAAAGAAUGUUUCAAGGAGGAAAUCAAGAUGAUCAAAUCAGGUUAUCUCCCAAAGGGCAAUGUUUUCCACCAGUUGAUGGCAUAUACUGAUAAUGCUGGCAUACUGCGUGAAGGAGGCAGACUCAUGAAUGCCAAGCUCAGACCUGAUGCAAAACAUGCUGCCCCACUUCCUCGUCAAGCUCACUUUACCAGUUUGGUUAUCGAUGAGGCUCAUUGGCAAACUCUGCACGGAGGAACUCAGCUCACUCUUUGCAAAACUCGUCAAGAGUUUUGGAUAAUCGGUGGAAGGGCCCACAUCCGAUCCAGAAUCCUCAACUGUGUCGAAUGUGCCAGGUACCGGGCACAAAGAGCACAACAACUCAUGGGACAGUUACCCUAG